GCCUCAUUCCGUGAUGUGACGUUGUACAGGAACAUGGCGCUUUAGAGGGGAGAUGUUUCAUGGUAGUCAGGGCUAUUGAUUUAUUUCCUUUGGCUAUGUUAAUUUAAAUAACAUUAAGGUACAUUCACUAAAUAUGAUCGGUCGUAAAAGGUUAUCGCUCCUUUUGUCUCUAUGGACAACGGAACACUAGCUACAUCUCGUAGCGGUGUUUGCUGUCGUCAGCUGAAACUGUUAGCAUUGACAUGCUAGCUGUAGCUAGUGAGCUGGCUAACAGUAAGUAGCUAACGUUAAACGGACAGAAAAUAUGCUUGUUUGUGUAGCCUACAGUGGCGUUAAACUAAAUACCAAUGAUUAAAACACGCUAUUUAGCAUCAAAUCAGUCAUUUGUUGUUUAGGACGACGAUUCCAGUUAGCUAACAUUUUGUUAGCUAAGCUAGGAGGAUGAAGAGCCUCCAUGGACAUGUUUUGUUGCUGGCCAGUGGGUUUUUCCUGUCGGCGUUUUGGCUGUCUGAAGGUGCCCCUCUUCAGUAUCCUCACAAAUCAGGUGGAAGCACAGGGGACACGUUGUCUGUGUCUCUCUACCUGUCCCUGGUAGUGUCACUGACGGCGCUUGUGGCCUUGGUGGUGUUGCUAGUGAACUGUGUGACCUGCUGCAAGCAAAGGGAGAUCAACUUCAAGGAGUUUGAGGACCACUUUGACGAUGAGAUUGACUUCACUCCACCAGCAGAGGACACGCCUUCUAUGCAGUCCCCAGCCGAGGUGUAUACCCUCGCUGUGUCUCCUGUGGCACUGCCUGGACCCCCACACCUCCAACCUCCUGUCUGCGUCACAGAGGGAUCCACAGGCUUCCAGGUAGCACGUCACAGUCUGAGUUACAUUCAAGAGAUUGGCAAUGGCUGGUUUGGCCAGGUCCUUCUGAGUGAAAUCUACACAGAUCCAGGUGGAUCCCGAGUGGUGGUGAAAGAGUUAAAAGCUAAUGCAAGUGCCAAGGAACAGAAUGAUUUCCUGCAGCAGGGGGAUCCAUACAGAGUCCUGCAGCACCCAAACAUCCUUCAAUGCAUGGGACAGUGUGUUGAGGCCAUUCCCUUCUUGCUUGUCUUUGAGUACUGUGAAAUGGGGGAUUUGCGGGGCUAUCUGUCUCAGCAGGAUUGGAUGUUCAGAAAUGCUGAGUUGCUGCAGCUGCAGAGGAUGGCCUGUGAAAUCGCUGCUGGUGUCACUCACCUUCACAAACACAACUUCCUGCACAGUGAUUUGGCUCUGAGGAACUGCUAUCUGACUGCAGAUCUUACAGUCAAAGUGGGAGACUAUGGAAUUGGACCCUACAGAUACAAAGAGGAUUACAUCAUCACAGAGGAUGAUGUGUUUGCACCCCUUCGCUGGUUGGCUCCUGAGCUGGUGGGCGAGCGCCAUGGGGGUGUGAUUACUAUGGAGCAGACCAAGCCCAGCAAUGUGUGGGCCUUGGGGGUCACAUUGUGGGAGCUCUUUGAGAAUGCUGCUCAACCGUACCCCCAUCUUUCUGACCGGGAGGUUCUCAAUCAUGUAAUCAAGGAGCAACAAGUCAAACUCUUUAAGCCACAGCUGGAGCUUCCUUAUUCUGACAGAUGGCACGAGGUCCUGCAGUUCUGCUGGCUGUCUCCAGACAAGCGAGCCACAGCAGAGGAAGUGCACCGUUUGCUUAUCUACCUGCGCAUGCAAGGCCAGAAGGACAUAGAAGAAGACUUUGCGCAACGCUGGGAUGCUCUUAAGCCUAACCCUUCCACUCGGCAGACCACUGUUAGCCACUCCUCUUUUCCAAUCUUGGAACAGUUUGCUGAUGAUGCCCUGCGACAAGAGAUUGACGAAGUUCUUACGGUCACUGAAACAAGCAAAGGUCUCAGCUUUGAGUAUGUUUGGGAGGCAGCCAAACAGGACCACUAUGAUGGCAACUAUGGGCGUUCAGGCCUGGACACAACAUUGAACUAUCACAGCAUGUUCUUUCCUGUUUCCAGUGAAGACAUCCAGGCCCAUUUCCCUGAUCCUGUAGCCAGAGCAGCGGGUACAGAAAGGUGUAACACUCCUUCAGGAAUUCCUGGGAUUGUACCAGUGUUUGAUGCACAAAAGCCAUCUAAUGGUAAUGAAUAUUACAUACAACUAGAAGAACAAGGGGAGAGCACUGUUGAGGAAGAUGGGAAUAGAGGGCAAGACUUGGACUUCAGUACAGGCCAGCAAGACUUUGUUGUUCUCCAAGACGUCCGUCUGGAUGAGUCUAGCACUGAUGCUGAGUUUUUCCACCAAAGUAUUGACUCCAAGGAUUCUUAUUUACCAGACAGCCACGUCUGGUCGUCUCUUGAAAAUGACAGUCCAUACCACACCAACAUUUUCACUGAGGGGGGGUCCAAGCAGCAAGAGGACUCUCCUUCCUGGAGAAGGAGUUUCAUGGAGCUUCCAGAGCGCUAUGGCAACCCUUUCCAUGGAAGUGCUCCUUUAGAAGUCCAGGAGGUGGAUACAGAUAAAAGCUAUGGGGAUUCUUUUUUAGGGGAAUGUUCAGAAGCUCCUUACCUGGCAGAUUCUGUAGACGUGGAGAGGGAGAACACAGAUGCGAAGAGGCUUCUGAACACUGAAAUACUAGCUGACAACUUUACGUUUCUCAAAGACCACAGCCUGAUGAAAGACAGAUCGCGUUUCUCAAGUCCACAGGAGAAUUUUCUUCUACCUGGCCGAGCUCACGAACCAGAAGAAAGAUUCAAAAUGAGUUCUUGGGACAACCUCGAGAAUUUAGGCAGCUUAAACGCAGCAGACACUUAUUUAAAACCUGCAGCAAGUAGCACAUCAUCAAGACAGGAACUUUUAGACUCUCCAAGUUCCAGCUUGGGGGAGUUUUGCCCGUCUCUGGUAGAAAACGAAACACUGGUGCCUUUCAUUAGAGUGGUCACAGAAGAUAACACAAGCAACCAGCUGCCAGUUGGAAAUAGUUCUUCCACCAAAGACCUUGGUCUGCAGCAAUCCUCAGACAGAGGUAUAGACUCUGGUUUUGAUUCUACCUCAGAGAGGUUUGAGUUUAUCAUCAGUCAAACUGAUGGCCCCACCCCUGAAUUCUCUGAAAGUGCCACUACAGACUCAUUGUGCACAGAUGCCAAAAUUCCCAGCCUUGAAGAUGACCAUGGAACCUCUAAGGAUAAUGUUCAGCCCAUAGGAAGUGAAAUGCCUGAAAACCUGCAAGUCCAAGCAUUGUCCUCAGACAACGGACACAGUGAAGACCUCACAAGUAAUGAUCUGUUGAGUGAACUAAUUGAGGAUGCAGAUAUAGAACUGGAAACCACUCUGUCUGACCAUGAAGAAUCCUUUAUGGAUGCUAAUGGGCUCCCUGUUGUCAGAUCUUCUCUGUUGAUCUCUGGGCCAUCUUUGGACCAGAUCAGCCAGGACAGUUUACUGGAAGACAGCAUGUCCACCACUCUACCAACUGUAGAUAAUCCAGCCGAGACACCAGACUCUUUAGACUCUCUUGACAUCCACAGACUCGGUGAACAAGGAGAAGAGCUGAGUGCUCAAAUAGCCCAACACAAACUCCAGCCUCCAUACAAAAUAUCAGACAGUGGGUAUGAGACGGAGAACCUGGAGUCUCCUGAGUGGAACUCCCAGCCUACUGUUAAAGACCAUUCCCCUGUAAAAAAUGGCACGAGUGUUGCCAAAGAAGAGGAGGAGACAGAGGAGCUCACAGCUGCGACAAAUCUGGUUCCACCAGAAAUCAUCAUCUCCGAAGUAGAGGGUGUGCUGGAUGCUCACAGUGAGGAUCCCAGUGAGCUCCAGCAGCCAGAUCAUGUAGCUCCUGCUGAGGAGCCACUCAUGGGCAGUAAUUACAGAGACUCUGCCUACUUCUCAGACAAUGAAUCCGAACCUGAGAAGAAGCCUGAAGAAAUGGUUCCGGGAGUUUCUGGUGAAGUCACGUGGCAGAGGAACUCUACUGAGGUGGUCAGCGUGGCUGCUAGAGGCCCAGCACUGGAGCUCAACGUAGAGAGCGAUGUAGAUUCCUUAAUUUCUCAGCAAGAAUCUUCUAUAGCUGUACAAGCACAGGCAGAUGGAGAAACAUCUGCUUCUCAUGUUGGGGAUUCAGAUUUCACAGAGAAAUGUGAGAAUGAGGCGACAGAGUCUAGCAGCAGUCAUAAAGAAGAUGGAAACAAACCAGAGUUGUUCAAGGACUUUAAAUCUCCUGGCCAACCAGACCCAUCAAAAGAUCUAGAAACCUCAACUCCACUUCCUUCUGUUGCCCAAUCAAAGCCAGUGCCAGAGAGCUCAGGUCAUGCUAAACUCACCAGGACCUACGCGAGUGAUGGUCAUAAAAUAAGAGAGCCGGACAUGGAGGGGCGUUACCUGGGGAGGCGGGAUGGCUCGGGUUCAGAUGGACAGGAGGACGGCGUAGAUGAGGACGAAGAGGACGAGAACAGCGACGACUCUGACGAUGACAUCCGUGGGUAUCAGCUAAACAGCUCCAGUUCAGAAAGCGAGGAUGAUACCGUUCAUACGGUGCCACUUGUUGUCUCAGAUGACAGUAGUGCAAAGAACCUGAAGAGCCUGUUGAAACCCACCACGCUGAACAUCCAAGCAUCAUCUUCCCCGUUUCCUGCAAGGUGCAAUGCAGAUAACACCAGAAGAGCCGUGUCUUUUUUCGACGAUGUCACUGUCUACCUGUUUGACCAGGAGACCCCCACCAAGGAACUGGGUGACCACUCCUCAGGCUCACACAACCAGGCACCAGAGUUCAGCAGCCCAGUGCCCACUGCAAGCUACCUGAACCGGUUCACAAACUCUGAAAGCUCCACCGACGAAGAAGGUGGCGGUUUUGAGUGGGAUGAUGACUUCUCCCCCGCACCUGCCUUCCUGCCCAAGAUGGAUAAAGACCCUGUAUCAAAGACCAUGUCCUCAUCUGCAGCAUCUCGCUUUUCCUCUCCGCCCCCUGCAGCAGGGCGCGUGCUGGAGCCCAGCUGGACCAGCUCCUCAAACUACUCCCGUUUCUCCAUUUCACCGGCCAGCAUCGCUAACUUUUCCCUUACACAUCUAACCGACUCUGACAUCGAACAAGGAGGAAGCAGCGAAGAUGGAGAAAAGGACUAGUGUUAUAUAUUAUCAUCACACUAUUGAAAAAUGAACCUAUACUCGCACUUUUUGGGAACGGAGAACGGCUGAAUAAGGACAAAUGACGCGGUUUGUGGGGCAAACCGUGGAUGCUUCUCUCAGGCAGAACUGCUCUUCACCUACGUGGAUAUGGCCGUGAAAAACAACCACUUUCAGCAAAUAAGACAGACGAGGCCCAGCUCCAGUCUGAGCCAUAUCACCUCUCCAGCUACAUCAGUGUGUGUGCUUUCAGUUCAGUGCAAUUCCACUUGGGGGGAGGGGAGGGGAGGGGGGGAGUUUCUAAAUGUUUGCUUUAAAGACUCAUCAAGCGUAUUCCAGGUGUUUGGCUGCUUCUUUUUCUUGUGUGUCAAAGUGCACUCAUUUUCCAGGACUUUUGCAUCACCAAAAAAAAUAAAUGAAUAAAUAAUUCAGACUUUUAUGCUCUGAAUUCAACACACUGGGCUGGCAAACAUAUCACUACAGCCAAAUAAGUAUAAGCUCUUAUAUUUCAGCAGAUUGAAGAUCCAAGCUUUUUCUCUAACUUUGUUAAUUUAGCUCCAUGUUGUGCGAUGUUUUCAGUGGUUGCCUCUGUUGGAAGAAUGAUUUGUUUUUUUCAUAAUCUCUCGUUGGGUGUUAGUCAGAAUCUCCUAAUUGGAGAAAAACUGUGGUAUCCUUCUGUAGCAGCAUUUCAAUAAGAAGGGUUGAAAUUUCCUUUAACUAAAAUCCCUCAUCUACAGAGGUGACACACUGUUCCCUUUAUUUAAGUUUCAAAGGAACAUUUACAGUAAGUAGUUUCAUAUUUUUGAGACAUCUCAGUAGGAAUGGUUGGUGGUAUUAGACAAGGAGUGUCAUAUUAAUCCUUACAGAGGUGAUCCAGUUGUGAGGAAAAACUUAAAGACGAGUUAUUCAUUUUGUAAUGCUUAAUUUUAUGCUCUGAAAUGUGCAGGAAGUUGCUCGGAUGGUUUUGACUACAUGUCACGGGGUCUUGUCGCAGUGCCUGUGAUGCUGUAAAGACAGCUGCACUCCCAUUUUCUAUCACUACAAAGUUUUAAAUCGCACGUUUAGUGAGAUUGUGUAAAAAGUGGGACAUUUUAUUUUUUAAAUGUCAGAAUGAAUACAUGUUAAUGAGCUGUUUGUAAACAAAUGUGCAAUGAAUUUCAUUAAUUAGUUGAAAUUUGAGUUCAUAGGACGACCCGGCGAACACGGCCGUGUUUCUUCAGCAAUGCGCAGGGACUUAAAGCUUCACAAAAACUCACUACUAGAACAAAAAAACACUGCUGCUUUUUAUCAGUGUCAUGAACAGAGUUGUCUGCCUUUUAAAAAAGAAAAAAGAAAAAGAAAUGUGUCAAACUUAAUUAACCAGUUCAGAUGUCAUUUUCCUCAGUACCCCUCAUACAGUUGCAUCUCUUGAGCAUUUCAUCAUGGCAUCUUAUCAUUUGGUGGCCAUACAUCGUCUCUGUGGCUGUACAGGGUUGGCUGGGGAUGUGUGCGUAACAUGAUCAGUUACUGUAUAGAAGCAUAACGCAAACUGUUGCGCAUCAAUAUAUACUUUCCCUCCAAGGAUUUCAUGUACAGAUAUAAAAACACAGUUCUUUGAAACUGUAGGUUGUACCGUUACUGUAUGGUUCUUUAAACACUUUUUUUUUUUUUUAGAUUUUUUUUUCCCCACAGAUGACCUGAUGAACAGCUGUACUUCACCUGUAGUAGAUGUCCAUCUCCCCCGGCCCCUUACAGAUGGCACUGUAUCCUAGAUAAUGUUAACCUCUGUUAAAAACCAGCAGCCCGUGCUUCAGUUAAACUUGAACAUUUAUUUAAGGAAAUCUUGUUUUAUUUGACUACAGUAUACAUUUGCCUAAUCUUGCACAUUUGAGAAAUGUAACUUAAUGUUGAUCUGUACUGAUGUAUGUAAAUGUA